CAAUCUUCUCACACUCCUAUAUUUUUUAUCAAGUUGUUCACUCUAUUUCCUCAAUCAUCUAAUGGAUCCAAAUAAUUCGGAAGAACUCAAUAAAUUCUUUUGGGAGUUGAUAGAAGAUGAAUUUGUGGACAACACCGAUGAGGAACUAUUGAUGUCAAUGUUUGAAAGGCAACAACAAUCCAAUAGUUCUACUAGGCAUAUGCGAAGAAGAACAGUGAUACAUCGAAAUCGUGAAGAAGGACAUACUCGAUUGUACAACGACUACUUCUCUGAAAAUCCAAUAUACACAAGUGCUCAAUUCCGACGAAGGUUUCGAAUGCAUAGACAUGUGUUUCUUCGAAUCGUAACUACACUUGGAAAUCAUGAUGAGUAUUUUCAAAUGAAGGUCGAUGCAACUGGUAAAACGGGUCUUUCGCCAUUGCAGAAAUCCACUGCUGCUAUUCGUAUAUUGGCAUAUGGAUCUCCCAGUGAUAGUGUAGAUGAAUAUGUUCGAAUUGGCGAAAGCACUGCAAUUGAGUGCUUAAAGAGAUUUGUAAAAGGGGUGAAUGAGAUGUUUGGAGCUGAAUACUUGAGAAGACCCAACAACAAUGAUAUUCAUCGCUUAUUACAAAUGGGGGAGACACGUGGCUUUCCAGGUAUGUUAGGUUCUAUCGAUUGUAUGCACUGGGAAUGGAAAAAUUGUCCGAUUGCUUGGAAAGGCCAAUUUUGUCGAGGUGAUCAUGGUAAACCGACGAUCAUGCUUGAAGCAGUGGCAUCAGAAGACUUGUGGAUUUGGCAUGCAUUUUUUGGCAUUGCAGGUUCCAACAAUGACAUUAAUGUGUUAAACCAGUCCAAUGUGUUUAACGAUGUUUUGGAAGGACACGCUCCCAAAGUGCAAUCUACAGCAGUGAACUCAAAAUGGGUUCUUUAGAUGGGGUCCACUGUGCCACAUCAUCUUGAAGCAAUUCACUAGUAUAUUGCACUUUGGGAGCGUGUCCUUCCAAAACAUCGUUAAACACAUUGGAGUUAGAGUUGGCGAAUAUGUCAGUUUUUGGCGAAUUUGCAGUUAGAGUUGUGCCAACAUGUCAUCAUGGUGCUCUCAGAAUGGUCAUGUUAAAUUUACCGUUGGAGAUGCUCCGGUAUAAUCGCGUGGGACACGUGCAA